UACAGGCCUAAGAUGGGAAGCUGGCGAUGGUGACUAUUCAGAUAUUGAUAUGGUUAAAACCUUUGUCCUGCCAGCUCUGGAGAAAGCCUGGGGAAAAUACAAAAAUAACCCUGCUCCUACGCCUAAUAUCACCAGUGGACUAUCUUCGACUUGUCAUGGCACCAAGGAUACAGAACUGAACGCAUACCUUUCUGACCUAUAUUCGGUGAAAAAACGAGCUCGGCUUGAAGACAAACUUGAGGACUAUCUUGCUGAACCUCGCGAGCCAUCAGAUGCAAGUUAUGACAACCUGUCAUAA